AUGAAAUCGAUUAUAUUAUUAUUAUCAAUCAUCGCCUGCUCGUCUGGUGAUAAGUUGAAUAGAGCAUACCUCCCCCCAGAACAUGCUCAAAGUUCAAGCGGAUCAGAAUUUCUCGAAACUCCGAUUUCUCAACCGAUUGUUGUAGAAGACGUCGCCGUUUAUCACAAAUCAAAUGGUGACAAUAGAAUAAAUUUAAACCAACAACCAAUAAAUGGAUACAUUCAAAUUGGAAGUCAUGGUAGUAGCUUUGCCCAUGGCGUUGCAACGCAUGAAAACGCUCAUUAUCACGAAGAAAAUGUGAAUGUUGUUGAACAGAGACCGGAACGCCCCCAAGCGGCUAAAGAAAGACACGCAGCUGUUCUUCGUCAGGAGUACGAGAACGACGGUAAAGCGUACGCAUAUGCAUAUGAGACCGAAAAUGGUAUUUAUGGCGAAGAAAAUGGUGUAGCGAAAAAUGGUGUCAUUGCAGAAGGUGCAUAUUCUUACACUGGUGACGAUGGAAUACAAUACAGUAUCAGAUAUACAGCUGACGAAAAUGGCUUCAGACCCCAAGGUGACCAUUUACCUACACCUCCUCCCAUUCCUGAAGAAAUCCUCAAGUCUCUAGAACAAAAUGCCCGUGAUGAAGCAGCUGGAAUUUAUGAUGAUGGAUCAUACAGUGAAGAAAAAUAUGGCGAAAAAGCUGAAUACAUCACAAACCACGGCAGCAUUGAGCAGCAUACAAAUGUUGUACACGAUGAACACGAACACCCAGAAAACGUUGAAGAAGGAGACAAGAUCGUCACCGAUGCGAUUCUUGUACCUGAACCUGGCUUCCAAAGACCUACAUACAGGGAUCCUGGUCUAAGACAGCAAGUGAUUGUAAAUAUCCCUGUUAAUAAAGGCUAUUUGCCACCAAUUCACCAGCAAACUUUAGAAAAUCGAUCAUCUAAUGGUGGAAAACUAGUAUUCGGUACGAAGAAUCGCAAGCCCAGCUUUAACGCAAAGAGUGGAUAUAAGUAUUAA